AAAAAACCAGAUCUCUUUUCUGAUUUUCAUUUGUAUUUAUCUAGAUCAUCGAUUACAAUGUUGAGAGUUCCAUCAGUUGCUAGACAAUUUCAAGUUAGAUCAUUAUCAUCAACACCAAGUCUUUUAAAGGCUGCACACAGAAUUGAAACCGAUGCUUUCGGUGAAAUCGAAGUGGAUAAUGCUAAAUACUAUGGUGCCCAAACUGCUAGAUCCAAGUCUAAUUUUAAAAUUGGAGGACCAGCUGCUAGAAUGCCAAUUCCAAUUGUUAGAGCAUUUGGUAUUUUGAAAAAAUCUGCUGCAAUUGUUAAUGAAGGAUAUGGUUUAGAUCCAAAGAUUUCUAAAGCCAUUCAACAAGCUGCUACUGAAGUUGCUGAAGGUAAAUUGGACGACCAUUUCCCAUUGGUUGUUUUCCAAACCGGUUCUGGUACCCAAUCUAAUAUGAAUGCCAAUGAAGUUAUUUCAAAUCGUGCCAUUGAAAUCUUAGGAGGAGAAUUAGGAUCUAAGAAACCAGUUCAUCCAAAUGAUCACUGUAAUAUGUCCCAAUCUUCAAAUGAUACCUUCCCAACUGUUAUGCAUAUCGCUGCAGUUACUGAAAUUUCCAAUUCUUUAAUUCCAGAAUUAACUAAAUUACGUGAUGCUUUACAAGUCAAAUCUGACGAAUUUAAUCACCUCAUUAAAAUUGGUAGAACUCAUUUACAAGAUGCUACUCCUUUAACUUUAGGUCAAGAAUUUUCUGGUUAUGUUCAACAAUUAACCAACGGUAUUGAAAGAGUUGAAAAAACUUUACCAAAUUUACAAUUAUUAGCACAAGGUGGUACCGCUGUUGGUACUGGUUUAAAUACUAGAAAAGGUUUUGACUCUAAAAUUGCUGAAGAAGUUUCUAAAUUAACUGGUUUACCAUUUAAAACCGCUCCAAAUAAAUUUGAAGCUUUAGCUGCUCAUGAUGCUGUUGUUGAAGCUUCUGGUGCUUUAAACACUGUUGCUGUUUCUUUAUUCAAAAUCGCUAAUGAUAUCAGAUACUUAGGUAGUGGUCCAAGAUGUGGUUAUGGUGAAUUAAGUUUACCUGAAAACGAACCUGGUUCUUCUAUUAUGCCUGGUAAAGUUAACCCAACUCAAAAUGAAGCUUUAACCAUGGUUGCUGCUCAAGUUAUGGGUAACCACACUGCCAUUACCUUCUCUGGUGCCUCUGGUCAAUUCGAAUUAAAUGUUUUCAAACCAGUCAUGAUUGCAAACUUAUUAUCUUCAAUUAGAUUAAUUGCUGAUGGUGCUGCUUCUUUCAGAGAACACUGUGUUGUUGGUAUUAAAGCUAACGAAGCUAAAAUCUCUCAAAUCAUGAAUGAAUCUUUAAUGUUGGUUACUGCUUUAAACCCAAAGAUUGGUUACGAUAAUGCUUCUAAAGUUGCUAAAAAUGCUCAUAAAAAGGGCUUGACUUUGAAACAAUCCGCUUUAGAAUUGGGUGUCAUCAGCGAAGAAGACUUUGAAUUCUGGGUCAGACCAGAAAACAUGAUUGGUCCAAAAGAUUAAUCAAAUCAACUAUUCAAUUGCUUAUUUAUAUAAGUAUAUAAAAAGAAAAUAGAACAAAUAUAACG